AUGAGGCUGCCCUGCUGCUGCGCCGUUAUAUACGCCAGCUCCCAAACCCGGGUGGCCGGGUCCUCCCGCGCUCGUCUCAUCCCCGCAAUACACCCGACACCCAACAUAACGGCCGUGCGCCGCGCGAAAACAUGCACCGCCUCGGCGCCUCCCCAGGCCGGCGCGAAUUUGAACCCGUGGCGCUGCACGCUUUCGCGAUCAUCGGCCAUGUGCACCCCAGCGGCGGGCGCGCGCGCGUGCACCUCAACGUUGGCGGGCGGGUCGCGCCGGCGGGCGGCGGAGCGCGCGGCGGCAAUACUUCAUCGACGCGACCCGGCAUGCUUAGCGGUGCUGCUGGACCUCCUCCGCGCGGGCGGGCUCCACGUGCCCCGGUGUCCCCGAGGCGGCGCUGUACCGCGAGGCACUCUACUACGGCCUCCUCGACCGCGUCGUCGCGCCGCGCGCUGGGGGACUUCGGCGGCGACCGCCUCCGCCUGUCCGCGUCCGUGCCGGGCGCGCGCGCCGGGGCAACACGGCAGUCCGCGCGGCGCCCGGCGGCGGCUGCUGCGUGGCGCCUGGCGGCCCCGUGCGCGUGUACAACUGGAUGCUCGACGAGCGCCGCCCGUGUACUACCCCGGCCGCGCGGGAGCGCCCGGCCGCCGCGGUGACGACGGCGGCGUGGCCGCCUUCUCCGCGCUCACGGGCGGCCUGCGCCACCGCUUCCGCGUCGCGCACGAUCGCCAGCCCAGGUCGUUCACCGCCGGCGCGCUGGCCGUUGACGACGGAGGAGGCUGCCGCGUCUUCGCGAGCUGCAAGGGCCGGUUCAACGAGUACGGCAUCGGCGUCUGGGACGCGAACACGGGCGAGCAGGCUGACUUCUUCUACGAGCCGCCCGGCUGCGCGAUGGGCGACGCGGACAGGCUCCAGUGGCUCGACGGCACCAGUACGCUCAUGGUGGCCACCAUGUUCCCGCGGACCGACUCCUCCUUCAUCAGCCUACUCGAUUUCCGGGACAAGAGCGUCGUCUGGUCGUGGUCCGACGUCGGCACGCCGGCGUCGCUCGAGGACAAGCACGCCGUCCAUGCCGUCGUGAUGGAGGACGGGAGGUCCGUGUGCGUGAUCAACCAGUACGACAACCUCGGGUUCCUCGACCUCCGGAGCAGCGCCGGCGGCGUGCGAUGGCGGUCGCGGAGCAAGGUGGCGACGGGCGGGAAGACGAAGGCGCUCAUCAGCGAGGAGGUUUGCUAUCCGAAGCUCGCCACGUACGGCGGUCAGCUGUUCGCGUCGACGGGAGACACCGUCUCGGUGUUCAGCGGACCCGACCACGUGCUGACGUCGACGUUGCGCGGCAGCCAAGGCGGCGCCAUCUGCGACUUCUCCAUCGGCGGCGACCGCCUCUUCGCCCUGCACAGUGAGGAAAACGUUUUCGACGUCUGGGAGACGCCGCCGCCGGCGAUCAUCUGA